AGCGUUUCGUCAAUAACUGCCUUCAAGCGAAUGAUCUUGCGAAGAGCACCUUGUUAUGACCUUCAGCUUGAACUCUUCAAAAACACCACGUGACUUGUGACGUUUUGGGGAAUCCCUCUGGAAUCAACACCGGAAGUAGAAAGUCUUCAAAAUGAUCAAAAUAAGCUCGAUUUAAAAACGUUAAUUCACCCUAUUAAUGAGAAAGCAUCAUAAUUCGGAAAACAUUUUGAUAAGCUACAACAGAAGUAGGAGUAUGGUUUUGUUUAGAAAGGAGGCAUUUGGAUACACUUCCAGAUCGACAAACCAAUAUUUCAAAUGGACAUGGUUUGUGCUCCAACUAGGGUUACACUAUAUAUUCCAGAAAUAGAGGUUAUUACGAAUCCUAUAAUGCAAACUCUUGAACUAUUUGAAAUUUAUAACCAAAAUCAAAGUGAUCAUUUGUGCUCGCAGUUCAACAAUCUUACAUUUACGUUGUUAUUAGAUCGCCAAACCACUUUGCAAUAAUAUGUCACAAACAAUACAAACCAUGGAACUAUUAACAGUAAUUACAGUUCCAGUAAUUAUCACAUUGCAACAACUCUUGGUGGGAUACUAUAGUGAAGUCCCUGUCUUCUUCAAACUAGAAUGGAUUACACUAGCCUUGUGCAUGUUAUACAUUUGGAUAUGUGCCUCUUCAAUAUCCAUAGAGGAUAGUAAUUUAAAAGAAAAUGAAGAGUCAAACAAUGAAAAUCCAAACAGAAGUAAAACUAUGGAAAAAUCUAUUCCAAAGAGUGAUCCAGCUAUGGGAUGCUCAAGCAAAUUGUCAACUUGUAUGACAAUUAAUCUUAAUGAUCUUCAAUGGAGAAAAUCAAGAGAUCAAGGAUAUUGGUGCACCUUACUUCUACCAUUUGUAAUGAUCACAGAUGGGUUGUAUGACAAAAGUGUAUUAAACACCUUACAUAUAUCCUUUAUAAACAAUAUAUUAAUGUACAAGAUUCUAUCACACCUUAAAGUCGAGACAUUAUCAUUGAAAUCAAUUGGAUUAUUUACAUUGAUACAACAACAAGGUUUUUUGUUUGGAUUGGAUACCAUGGAAACAUUGCUGGUUUUUAUCAUAUUUGUUGUGUUUCAAUAUAGCUGUGUGAAACUUCCUCAACUGUUGCCAUUAAGUUUUACAUCUGGUGAAAAUGAAGUCAUCACCCAAAGUGCUGCCAUCUAUUUGAUUUCAGUCGUCUACAAAUUAUCCAAGUUUGAUCCAACAACAUAUACAAUUCCUAGAAAAUUGGACGAAGAUCAAGAAAUAUUUUUCUUUACAAACUUGGCAGUAAUAGGGGGUGCUAUAGUAGCUGUAACAUCCUACUUGCUGGGAAAAUGGAUGAAAAAAUUCACACUUGCAUUUUACCCUUUGUUGUUUACAUUAAUUGCUAUAGUAACCAUAUUGCUAGGAUAUAUGAUGCAACAAAACCCUUUAAUGUGGCUUUUAAGAUAUUUAACUGAUGAGACACACAGGCAACUUUUAUUCUUGUAUUGGGCUGUGUGUUCAGCUGUGUCUGCCAUUAUUGCAACUGUCUGCUAUAAUUUUGCGAAAAACAAAGGCUCAACUAUCAUCCGCAAAUACUUCCAUAUAUUAGCAAUCAUCGUUUUCACACCAGGAAUUUUGGUUGACUCAAAAAUGCUUUCUGUUGCGACCUCAUGUGUAUUAGUUGUUGUGAUUGUUCUGGAAUGUAUACGUAUUAUAAGAGUGUGGCCAUUUGGAGAUGCAAUUCACAAUGCUUUUCAAGUAUUUGUGGAUGAAAAAGAUGGCGGUAUAGUCAUACUGACUCAUAUUUAUCUUCUCAUUGGUUGUGCUGUCCCAUUGUGGUUGAGUCAAAAACUACAAUCAGAGCCACCUAUUGCACUUUUUAGUGGAAUUAUCUCAAUCGGAAUAGGGGACACAACUGCCUCAAUAUUUGGCACAAAAUUUGGAAAAACAAAAUGGCCAAACAGUAAAAAAUCAGUAGAGGGGACAGUAGCAGCUAUAGUUUUGCAAGGGAUUUUUGUGAUAAUUUUACUUCAUAGUGGUUGGAUUUCAUUUGGAAAUACAACACAAAUUUUAGGUGAUACACUGAUGCCAUUGUUACCAAAUGGUGCAUUAUGGAUUUAUAGAUAUCUUGUGGUAACCAUAGCGAUUAUAAGUACAUCAUUACUUGAAGCUUUUACAUCACAAAUUGAUAAUUUAGUACUUCCAAUAUUUAUGUACACUAUUUUGAGAUGCAUUUGAUGGACAUAUUAAUAAAGCGUUCAUUAAUUAUAUUUUUAUCAGUGAUUUUUUAAUUUUUUUAAGAAGACAUUUUCCAGCUACCGGUAUGUGGGCAAUAUAUGAAAAAGUCUCGCAUCAAGCCUCAUUAUUCCCCUUUUGCCUCUCUAAAUGAUACUUUUAGUGCUUGAUGCAAGACCUGCCUCUUUUCAUUUUUUAUCUUGGCCGUAGUAAGCUUCAAUAGCACUCCCGUGAAACUGGAAAUAUUAGUUGGAUGGCAAUAACCAUUACGAAAGAAAUAAUUUUGAAGCUAAAAGAUUUCUCUUAUUUUUUGAAAGUUAUUACAAAAAUUCAUGAGUCCGAUCCAGUUGAGCUCACAAUUUAAUAUUAAACAUUCUAGUGAAAUAGUAUCGAAUUCAGGUUUGCAAUGGCCAGUGAAACAUCAGGAAAAAGGGGAAAUUGAAGCAAGUGAAAGUUUAAAAAGUUCAAAAUAUGAUCCCAAAUGAAUAACUAACCUAUACAUUGAUAUACAAUCAUAAAAUUAACAAAAAUCAAUUUUUGUAAUUUAUCUUUUAUUGUUUAUGGACAGAUACAUAAUAUUCACAAUUUUAUUACGUGUAAAUGUAC